GUGAUGGAAAUACUUGAAAAUGCUUCUUGGAUUCUGGAAGAUUCAUUCAAGAAGAACCUCAACGGUUCCGAGGGCUGCCUCUGUGGGUCUUGGCACAGCCACCUCUUCCUUCCCCUGUCUGUGGUGUAUGCACUGAUUUUUGUGGUGGGGGUGGUGGGCAAUCUUCUGGCGUGCCUGCUGAUUCUGCAGGACUAGACAAUGAAGACACCCAAAAACUACUACCUGUUCAGCUUGGCCGUCUGUGACCUCCUGGUCCUGCUCCUGGGAAUGCCAAUGGAAGCCUACGAGGUGUGGAGCUACUCCCCUUUCCUACUCCGGCACCCGGGCUGCUACUUCAAGACCGCUGUCUUUGAGACGGUGUGUUUCGCCUCAGUCCUCAGCAUCACUGCCGUCAGCGGGGAGCGCUACGUGGGCAUCUUCUAUCCCUUCCGCGCCCAGAGGAAGAGCACCCCACGGAGGGCUCGCAGGAUCCUUGGCCUUAUCUGGGUCUUCUCCCUCAUCUUCUCCGUGCUCAGUACCAUCAUCUAUGGCAUUAGGGUCCCCCACACCCUCAAUGAGACCUGGGUUCCUGGCUCUGCCACCUGUGCAGUCCUCAAGCCCAUGUGGAGCUACAAUUUCAUCAUCCAGGUCACCUCCUUCCUCUUCUACAUCCUCCCCAUGACGCUCAUCAGUGUCCUCUACUACCUCAUGGGGCUUAGGCUGAAGAAAACCAAAUUCCUUGAGGCAGAUAAAAUGACUAGAGUUAUCCAAAGACCCUCCAGAAAAAGAUCCAGGAUGCUCUUUGUCUUGUUCUUAGCAUUUGCCAUCUGUUGGACCCCAAUCCAUGUUCAUCGCCUCUUCUUCAGCUUUGUGGAGGAGUGGACCGAGUCCCUGGCUGCCAUGUUCAACCUCAUGCAUGUCGUGUCAGGUGUCUUCUUCUAUCUGAGCUCAGCUAUCAAGCCCAUUAUCUAUAGCCUGGUGUCUCGCUGCUUUCAGGAAUCAUUUCAGAAAGUCAUCUCUCCUUUCUUCAAAAGGUGGCACUCCCAGCAUCACUCACGGAAGCCACCCGUCCAGCAGGACAUCUUGCUGACAGAUUGCCACCUUGUGAAGCUGACUGAAGACACAGGUCCCCACUCAUGUCAGCCAUCCACUUGCAACUCUUACCUCUGAACUUCCACCAUGAAGGGAGUCUCAGAGGCACCCCAU